AUGGAAUUAGUGUCACCGGCACAGUCGGAGGAAGGGAUACGACCGUCCCACAUGCUCAAUUCGCGUUUAUCAAACGUCAAUCAUUUUUCACUCACUGGCAGCGGUAUGGAUGCAUCUCGAAGUCGUGUUGAUAGUCAAGGCGCUCGAACGUCUUUAAUGUCAUCUAUCAUGCAUCCAUCGUCUAUGAUGCGCCCGACUGUCGUGACCGACCUAAGCAACCAUUUCUCCGAGUCAAAACUGCACGAUGCUCGCGUACAGAUCUUUUCUAAGGAUGUGCUGAUGGAGAGCCAACUAACUAAAAAGGGCGAGACUGGACUACAGUCGUGGAAAAAUCGCAUUUUUGUUCUACGAGGACAAGAGUUAUCUUACUAUACGAUUGAUAACAAGCAGCGGUAUGGUGCGCUAAAAGGUACUUGGAACGUUGCAGGCGCGUCUGUAGAACGUCAAGACAAUUUGUCAAUCAGUAUUAAACUAGCAAAUGGAAGUGUUCGCACUCUUGGUGCCCCAAAUGUACAGAUUUUGAUGGAUUGGAUGACGGCAAUUGCAGUGGCGGCAGAGGCUUUUAUUGUCGAGCCAACGUCGGAUUUAUCGCUGGUGGACCAGUCUCGCACGACACACAUUAUCUUGGUUCGCCAUGGCCAUUACACCAAUUCGCAAACACCAUCGAUAGACAUGCACGGUCCUUUAACUGAACUUGGCGUGGACCAAGCUCGCGCGACAGGUUUGUUCCUACAAAAGUAUUUGUCUGAUCGAAUGGUAUUAAAACGGUACCCAAGAUUCCCAGUGUAUCACAGUGGAAUUCGUCGUGCUGUUGAAACGGCAGAACAUAUUGCGUCUGCAUUUCCUCCAGGAUCGGUUCAAUUUCUUGAAAACAAACUUUUUCGUGAAGCAUGGCCAGGAAAUCCGUUGCCAAAUAGCAACCGUCAGCAAUUGGCAAGAGAAAAGCUGGACAAUAUGGUAGCAGACUGCGCUCGUUUAAAACUUGCAUACCGUACUAUGUUUCGGCACUUGAUUCCGCAGGAUUUGGAAAUCGAGGAACGAAGGUUAAGUGAGGAGGACCAAAAAGUGUAUAUGGAUACCUUUGGCGUCCGCUCGACACAAACGCGAAUGAAUGACCGAUUUCGUGUUGUUGUGUGCCACGCCAACAUUAUCCGUUGGUUUGUGUGCAAAGCGUUGGGUGUAGAUCCGGAUGGGACGUGGGGUCGCAUGCGCUACAAUCACUGUGGCCUCACAGCCAUGGAAGUUGACAGUGUUGGCAAUGUACAGCUCACUUAUAUGAACCAGACGGGGCACUUGGAGACGACGCAGCUCUCAGAGGUUUAA